AUGUCAGACCAACGUUCUAUUCGGUCUGAAGACGAGCCCGCCUGGAGCCCAAAAGAUCUCGAGGAAAGUCUUCUUCAUGAAGAGAUAAUUGGGCCAGAAAGAGGCGUCAAAACCUUUCAUCGCACUUACCUUGGAUUUUGUGCUGGUUAUUUGAUCGUAUCUUUUUGCUUGGGAGCUCUUUUCUCAUUUAUCAUACUUAGUCCAGCUUUGAGUAGAGUAAGAUUUGAUUCGCAAUCGAAAGAUUUUCAAUGGAUCCAGAACGCGGAGCUCAGGAAUCUCGUAUCGGCACCUACAUCAAAUGUGAGAUUUGAUGGCACAUUUGAUCGCUCGUCUCCUUAUAAGGGUCCGCCGUCGCCCAAAGUCGAUGCUUUAUGGCAUGAGAUUACAAUGUUGGGAGCAAUGAGUAUCUCUGAGGACGUCUUUGAGCACCUAAACGCUUCAAAAUACGCGGUCAAACUGCCAAGCAGCCUUGGAGGUGGCCGACUAGCACUUUUUGAGACAAUUCAUCAGAUACAUUGUGUCCAAUCGUUAUGGAAUGCAGCUUAUCCUGAGUAUUAUACCGAACAAACAAAAUUUAAGAUCAGCCACCCAGAACAGUGGUACGGCCAUCUAGACCACUGCGCAGAUAUGCUUCGGCAGAAGCUGAUGUGCGAUGCUGAUACUGGUAUCGUCACUUACAAUUGGCUAAAGGGAAAAGCCAAUCCAAACCCAAACUUUAACGUUCAGCAUCAAUGUCGCAAUUUUGAUGCUAUCUUGAAGUAUGCUCGUGACAACCAAGUGGAUAAGGACAGCACUGAAAGAAUAGAUGUCAAUCUACUGAAGCCAGAGAAUGGAUAUAUCAUGGAAUUUGAGGGUGAGCCUCCCUUCGAUCCUGAUGCGGUGCCGUCUAUGCGUCAGGAAUAA